AUGGCGAUCCUUGAGCCUACACAGAAUCCGUUCCAGGCGCUCGUCACCUCUCUCAGCACCAUACUCGGUCCGAGCUCGGGAAUAGAUUCAUCCGAUGUCGAUGAGAACGAGCUGCAGAAGUUGAUGGAGGAGUACGUCUCGAACGAGGAUGAAUGGAAACAGUACUUCUUCCCGGACCCAGGCAUGAGUUACACGCGGAACCUGGUCGACAAAGGGAACGGCAAAAGUAAUCUUCUUAUUCUGGUGUGGUCACCUGGAAAGGCGAGUAGGAUCCACGACCACGCCAAUGCCCAUUGCAUCAUGAAGAUUCUCAAAGGCAAACUCACCGAAACCCGCUUCGAAUGGCCGACUGUCGCACUUAACAAGAAGGAACUGAAGCCGCUGGACGUCAUCUCCGAGAAAACGUAUGGCCAAGAUGAAGUCACAUACAUGUCUGAUAAGCUUGGGUUGCAUCGCAUAUCGAAUCCCGACCCGGAAGAUUAUGCGGUGUCAUUGCAUUGUAAGUUUUGGAGUGGGUAUGUGCUUGUAUUUGUGCUAAUGAAAGUAGUGUAUACACCUCCGAAUGCAGCUGUGUAUGGUUGUCGCAUCUUCGAUGAGAAAACAGGGACAUCUUCUCAAACUAAGGGUUGUACUGUUUAUUCGGAGUAUGGACAGAAAGAGGCGUCGCCAUCACUUUGA